GUGAUAGGCACGAAUGACUCUAGCAUUGUCAGUAAAAGAAGUGCUGAAAGAUUGGGCUAUUUCAAUCAAGUUCAACACUUGAGGCAUUUCGUUUCCAAACCACGUCGAAGAGCUCCUUUGAUCAACCUUGGCUAUGCUAUCCGUACUAUCUUCGUGGAUUUAAUCAUCCGAAAGUUCUUGGAUACUCAUCAACGACCCGAUGCCUCUCCACCCGAUUCAUCAAUCGUGAUUGUCAAUUUGGGAUGCGGCUAUGAUCCUGGAUUUUUCAAGUUGGCUUCUUCCGAUGACAACUCGAUGCGCUUUCAUUCAAAUCUGCUAUAUGUUGAUACAGAUUAUCCGGCUCUAGUCAAGAAGAAACAUGCAAUGAUUAGUCAAUCCCCCGAGUUGAGCGCCGUCUUGCCAGGAUUCUCCAAAAUCGGUCCUGGUAAUUUCGUGACCGCGUCAAAUGAAAAGAUGUCAUACGCGUUGCUUGGGUGUGACCUCUGCGAUACAAAGUCAUUCAUUGAUUCUCUUACAAAAUUAUUGGGUAAAUCAAACAAGCCGAUCCUGUUCAUCUCUGAGGUCUCCACGGUUUAUAUGCCAGCCGACAAAUCUGACCAGCUUCUC